GGAAUCUUCUGCGGGGAGGGGCACUUCACUUCCCGUAUUUUUCGAAUGGAUACCAGACCUCACCAGACCAGAGGGAGAAAUGACACAGACUUGACGGGCAGUUUUUGCCUUAACUGAAGAGAGGGAGCUCUGAUUAAAUUACCAGCUGCUUUGUUUGCAGCAGAAAGCUACAACAUUCUUCACAGUCUGCUGUCGUAUGUCUGUAUCACACACACGGCCUCUUUCGCCAAGGUCAGGUAACCAUGGCGACGAGGGGCCAUUCCUCCUGCUCCUCGAUGAGUAACCACACCAAGGAGAGGGUGACCAUGGCUAAGGUGACCCUGGAGAACUUCUACAGCAACCUGAUCGCCCAGCACCAAGAGAGGGAGAUGAGGCAGCAGAAGCUGGAAAGGGUGAUGGAUGAAGAAGGACUGCCAGAUGAAGAGAAGCGUAUGAGGAGGUCUCAGCACGCUCGUAAAGAAACAGAGUUCCUCCGACUGAAGAGAACCAGGCUGGGCCUGGACGACUUCGAGUCCCUCAAGGUGAUUGGUCGAGGAGCAUUCGGAGAGGUGCGUCUCGUCCAGAAGAAAGACACCGGUCACGUUUACGCCAUGAAGAUCCUGCGCAAGGCUGACAUGCUGGAGAAAGAGCAGGUGGGCCACAUCAAGGCCGAGAGAGACAUCCUGGUUCAGGCAGACACCCUGUGGGUGGUGAAGAUGUUUUACAGCUUCCAAGACAAGCUCAACCUGUAUUUACUCAUGGAAUUCCUCCCUGGAGGUGACAUGAUGACGUUGCUGAUGAAGAAGGACACCCUGACUGAAGAGGAGACUCAGUUCUACAUAGCAGAGACUGUCCUGGCCAUUGAUUCCAUCCACCAGAUGGGCUUCAUCCACAGGGACGUCAAACCGGACAACGUUCUGCUGGACUCCAAGGGCCACGUGAAGCUGUCAGACUUUGGCUUGUGCACAGGACUGAAGAAGGCCCACCGAACAGAGUUCUACAGGAACCUCAACCACAACCUGUCCAACGACCUCAGUGAGUUCAUCAUGAUGCAACCGUACAUGUUGAUGAAACACACAAACCCUCGUGUGGCUGUGUGUCAUAACAGUGCCUGUGCUUCCUGUUCAGACUCUCAGAACAUGAACUCCAAGAGGAAAGCAGAGACUUGGAAGAGGAACAGGCGGCAGCUUGCUUUCUCCACAGUGGGAACACCAGACUACAUUGCACCUGAAGUAUUCAUGCAGACAGGAUACAACAAGCUCUGUGACUGGUGGAGCCUGGGGGUCAUCAUGUAUGAGAUGCUGAUUGGCUAUCCUCCAUUUUGUUCGGAGACACCCCAGGAGACGUAUAAGAAGGUGAUGAACUGGAAGGAGACUCUGGUCUUUCCACCCGAGGUGCCCAUUUCAGAGAGAGCUAAAGACCUCAUCCUCAGGUUCUGCUGUGAGGGUGACCAUCGGAUAGGUGCGUCAGGAGUGGAGGAGAUCAAGAGGAACCACUUCUUCGAGGGAGUGGAUUAUGACCACAUCAGGGAGAGACCUGCAGCGAUCCCCAUAGAGAUUAAAAGCAUAGACGACACAUCAAACUUCGACGAGUUUCCCGAGUCAGACAUUCUCCAACCCUCCGUGCCAGCAGCAGCCAGCAGCCAUGUGGAGGUAGACUACAACAACAAGGACUGGGUCUUCAUCAACUACACAUACAAGCGCUUUGAGGGCCUCACGGCCAGAGGAGCCAUUCCUUCCUACAUGAAAGGAAGCAAGAGAUGAGCUCCCAGGCCCACAGCUCUGCACUAGUACAGACCCUAGUACAGACACACAGCUGUGCUCUAGUACAGACCCCAGUACACAUUCUAGUACAGACCCUUGUACAGAUCCUAAUAUAGACCCUUGUACAGAUCCUAAUAUAGACCCUAGUACAGAUCCUAGUACAGACCCUAGUACAGACCCUAGUACAGACCCUAGUACAGAUCCUAACACAGACCCUAGUACAGAUCCUAGUACAGACCCCAGUACAGAUCCAUAGCUCUGCUCUAGUAGACCCUGGGACAGACCUACUACAGCUCUGCCCUAGUACAGACCCACAGCCUUUUCCUAGUACAGAUCCUAGUACAGAUCCUAGUACAGACCCUGUCAGACAGACCCCUAGAACUGUGGGAGAUGAAGCUCAGAAAGCCUUUCUCAAAAACUGGAUGUGGAGUUCUGGGCUCUUGAUUCUGUAUCGAUGGAGCUUCUGAAAAACGGUGUAAUUUUACAAUGUUUUUUAAAGCUCUGUAGAGUCAGUUCCAACCUAUUUUUAUUAAAAAACUGUAUACCACUGUGUAUUGAAAUCCUAUAGAUGUUAAAUACAUUUAAAGACUUGUUGUUCAAUGCUAAGCAUAUGUUACCUAUAUUUCCAUAUGAAAACACUUCCUGCAUUGGGAUGUUAUCUGAACCUAAAAAGUGGCCUUACUUCAUCAUAAUAUACUCAGCCAAGAAUAUUGCCUGUGUCUGACAGUGCUAUUUUUUUCCAAUUCAAGUUUUUUUGUUGUUGCUCAAUAUCAGCUCAAUAUCUUUAUUGUUUGUCAACUUUAUUACCUUUAUUAUGAACAUAGGGUCUACCUUGGUGACAAUCAAUAUGGAGCUUCUUGAUUUUAGACUGUAUUUAUUAUUCCAUCUUUGUAUUGCUAUUACAUCUAUUGACAAUCUGCAGCCAACUAUCCAAUAGUUCUGUGUGAUAAUUGACUGAAUGACAUCGGAUUCCUUUGAACUGGAAACACCUGUGGAUUUAUUUUCAUUGUUGUAUUCAUUUGAGUGCUUUCAAGGUUCAAGUUAAGAGUUUAGGAGAGGGGGCUGUGUCUUCCUAGGCUGCGACCAAACAAAGCUUUCUGUCAGUUUUCUGCCUUUGUCCUUUGUUUGUUGAAUGUUAUGACCACAGGGAAUCAAAACGUUACAGACUGCCCCUUUAAGGCCUCCCUGUUGCUGUAGUGCCUUCUGUGUGCAGAUAUUUUAUAUUCUAUGCUUAGGUUAGAAUGGUGUUCUUCUAAAAGGUACAAAUGUCACAAAUAAGAAUAGGCGGUACAUUUGUUGUAUUUAUGCUGACACAAUAUGCUGUUCCUUUCAAGAAGGAAAAAUAUGAAUUUGUAUAAAUGUCAACAGGUAACUGGACAUAUUAUAUCUAAGUUGUAAGAAAAACAUUUUCAGUGCUGAAAAUACUACUCUCAUAUACAAAAUACAAAGCACAGACACAUUUACUCAGCCAUUCUGUAUGAAAGCUCAGAGUUGUAAUUGAACGGGAGGUCAAAUAAACAUCUGAUAGCCUAUUGUGUA